AUGGCCAUGGCAGCCAACCUCGUGUCGCAGGGCCGCGUCCACGACCCCCAGACGCACAUCGUCAUGUACGUCUUCUUCAGCCUGGCCCUCUACAACGUCGGCGAGCUCGUCUGCCACGUCGCCGUCACCUUCAAGCGCUUCCGCGGCCUCUACUGCUGGAGCUUCCUCGUGGCCACCUGCGGCAUCGCCCUCAACGCCGUGGGCUUCCUGCUCCGCAGCAUGGGCGCCUCGCUGUCCCUGUCGACGUACGUCUACUCGGCGCUGGGCAUCGUCGGCUGGGCGGCCAUGGUCACGGGCCAGUCGCUCGUGCUGUACUCGCGGCUGCACAUCAUCCUGCCUCGCCAAGGGCUGAUCCGCGGCGUCCUCAUCAUGAUUGUCGUCAAUUCCGUCUGGCUGCUGGUGCCCACGACGGUGCUGCUGUUCCUCUGCAACUCGCCCAGCGCCGCGCGGUACCAGGUGCCGUACUUCAUCUUUGAGAGGGUCCAGUUGACCGUCUUCUUCGUCCAAGAGGUCAUCAUCUCGGUGCUGUACAUCCACGAGACGUACAGGAUCCUGCGCAGCUACAGGGGCCUCGUGACGGGCGCAAACCGGACCACCAUGGUGCAUCUCAUCCUCAUCAACUUCGUCAUCAUCGCCCUCGACGCCAGCGUCCUGAUCCUGCAGUACACCAACCACUACGACCUCCAGACGGCGUGGAAGCCCUUCGUCUACAGCAUCAAGCUGAAGAUGGAGUUUAGCGUCCUCAACCGCCUCGUCGAGCUCUCUCAGUACAUGCGCCGCAACAGGGGCCUCGCCCUCAUCGACACUCCGGCCGUUGGCGCCGCGGCGCUGCCGUUGGGCACAGUUGCCGCUGAUGACGGCCGCAUCAUUUCGAGGAGGAGGAGCCUCCCCGACGGAUCUGCCUUUUCGACGGUUACGUCAAGCGUUGGGCUGAAAGCGCCGCCAAGUCGGCCUGAACCAUCUGUUUCGGUAUCACGGCUGCAAGUAUAA